AUGACCUUUUGGGACUUGCACUCCAUCGUUCACAUCCCUGUUUCUGAUAAAAAUCCUAUUCAUUUCUACCAUGCGUCCCUUCGGGAUUUUCUUAUGGAUCGACCCCACACUCUCCUUCUCAGAAUGUGUCUUCAAACCCUCACCGAUUUUCAUGGUGGAUCCAACGGGAAAAGAACAGCCGUUGCAUUGGAUUACACCAAGGAACAUUGGUUGACUCAUUAUAUUUGCGGUGAUCAACUGGAUCCUGGCCCUGUGGAUAAGGUUCUGGAAGAAUACGAUCCAGAAAUCCUGCUACCGUUUAAGGAUAGUUCGGACAAUGUCGUUGGCUUCAUCUCGUGGUGGGAUGGUUUUAGGCUAUUGCGGGACCGCUUCCACAGCCGAUGUAGUUCAGAAUGUUCAGAUUUAUGUUUUCGAUACACGUCGGUCCUUGAUCGGUACCUUGUUCACCGAUUCCAGAAACAUAAAUUACCCCCCGUUGCAGCAGCACUCAUGGGGUUGACAUUAUUGGGUCCCAUAGAACGUGCGCCGUGGCGCUCGGGGGACCAUGAAUUGAUAGUACGAGAGGCCGAUUGGUUUUGGGACGGAAAUAACCCUAAAACGGAUGGCUGCCGAAAAAGAGGUGACGUUCUCGAUAUCCCUCAAGUUGAAGGAGGCGAUGGUCACACACUCAGAGCUGAUGAGCGACCAUGUAAGAUUGCUGUUCGUCCUGGCCCGCUGCUGCUAACAUGGCUUCACCAGGCCCUCCGCGCCGCCUUCGAGCCAUCUGAUGCCGACCUUAAUCCAGUCCGAGAACAGGGCCAAGGCGUUGUGAUGGUCGACUCCGACGAUGAGCCGCUAAAGAAGAGCAAAGCGAAGGUCGCUGAUUCGGACGAUGUCCCCACUUGA